UCCUACACGACGGGAAAAGUCUUUAACCAACUGACUCGAAGCUGAUUCAUCUAAAUCCUGUGGAAGAAGAUUAUCGAAAUACUACCUCAAAAUAUAAAAUGAUCGAUAAAGAUAUGGUCCAAAAUAAUGGCGGUGAAUUUGACCUCAAUUCAAUGCAAAAAUUUUCUAAGGUCAACAAAUCUUUUAAUAAUACUUCCAAGUUGGUAGAAUGGCUCAAUAAAAAUGUCUUGUUAGUGUUAACCAUUGCCGCUGUUUUCGCUGGCCUACUGCUAGGUGUAAUUGUUCGCGGAUUCAAGCCAAAUCUACUGACUAUAACAUUAAUAACAUUCCCAGGAGAUUUGCUGAUGGGAAUGUUGAAAAUGAUUAUUUUACCUCUCAUAAUUUCUAGUCUGAUUUCGGGCCUAUCUCAACUGGAUGCCAAAUCAAGUGGCAAAGUAGGUUAUCGAGCAUUGGUUUACUACAUAUCUACGACAAUAAUGGCGGUCGUUCUGGGAAUAAUCUUAGUUGUUAUAAUACAUCCCGGCAAUCCUGAUAUUAAAAAACAUUUGGCCACCGAGGAGGAAACAACUGAACCUCCAUCUUCUUUAGACGCCUUUAUGGAUCUCAUCAGAAAUAUGUUUCCCGAAAACUUGAUCAAAUCCUGUUUUCAAAGUAUAGGCACGGUCUAUAAAAAUGUAACAGUCAAUACUCCUCAAGUUAUCGCGAGCAACCCUUCACACACUCUUCCAAUUUUGUCAGGAAACGCAUCGAAUCAUUCAAACUCUCACGUUGUUUUACAGAGGGGAUUGGAAUACAAUAACAAUAUGAAUGUUCUAGGAAUCAUAACAUUUUCAACCGCUUUCGGUAUAAUAGUAGGACAGAUGGGAGAAAAGGCUGGCAUCAUGAUAGAAUUUGUUAACGUGUUAAAUGAUAUCAUCAUGAGACUCGUUUACUUGAUUAUGUGGUACUCACCUUUAGGUAUUAUGUGUUUGAUAGCCGGUAAAAUUCUGUCCAUUGAAAACAUAGCACAAUUAGUGGAACAGUUGGGAAUGUAUAUGGUAACCGUUAUAACCGGUCUGGCCAUACAUGCUUUGAUAGUUUUACCUUUAUUGUAUUUUGGUUUGACCAGAAAAAAUCCUUACAUUUUCAUGAGAGGAAUGUUGCAAGCCUGGGUCACCGCCUUGGGAACUUCUUCAAGCUCUGCAACUUUACCCAUAACUUUUAAAUGUCUGGAAGAAAUUAACAAAGUAGAUAAAAGAGUCACCAGAUUUGUGUUACCCGUUGGCGCCACUAUAAAUAUGGAUGGAACGGCUCUUUAUGAAGCAGUAGCGGCAUUGUUUAUAGCUCAAAUAAAUGGGAUUAAACUAAAUGCCGCACAAAUUAUUACAGUUAGCUUAACAGCAACCAUAGCAAGUAUAGGCGCGGCAAGUGUACCGAGUGCAGGUUUGGUUACUAUGUUAUUAGUUUUAUCAUCCGUAGGACUACCGACUAAAGACAUUAGUCUAAUAGUUGCUGUGGAUUGGUUACUAGAUCGCAUAAGAACGUCUGUAAAUGUGUUGGGCGAUGGUAUAGGAGCCGGUAUAGUCGAUCACCUAAGUCGCGCCGAGUUAGAUAAGAUCGAUGCAGAACAUACUUUAAUGAAUUCUUCUUUUAAAGAAGAUAGGGAUAGUUACGAAUCAGGUAAUAAAAACCAUUUAGAGAUGAUACAUCUCGACCCAGGACAUAUUAAUCAUGAGAAAAAUGAGAACGGAAAUUCGUCAAAGUUUUCUCACGAUCGAUUUAGCACUCCUCAAAUGUCUAAAAGCCUUAUUUCUAUCCCUGAUGAGCAUUUGACUGUUCCAAAUAAGCGAUUCGAUGAUUCAAUAAUAUAGACCAAGGUGGUGAUAGAUUGUAGAAACUCAAAACUUUAAUUGUAUUUAAUUAUUUUAGAAGUUUAAUUAUUGAAUAUCCAACUCUUCUAGUAAAUUACUAAGAUUGGAAGAUGAUGUAUAAUUUAGAAAAAUAG